CACUCUUACCAAAGCUCUAAAUUAUUUUCAUUUCAAAGUCAACAUAAAGCUCAAAAUCUACGUUAAUGGCAAUGAAUCUGACCCAGCAAAUGGGAUCACUCUCAGAAACACAACUCACAUCCGAAACCACCACCGGUUCCUCAUCAUCAACAACAAUAACACCAAUCUCAUCUGUAUGGAAUAAUACAAUAACACCAUCCUUAAAACGCAAAAUCACCCCUUCGGUAGUCGAAAACCUAACAGACACUCUCUCUCCUCCCGUAAGUCCAUGCCGAACUCGUCUCCGACCGGAUCUAACGGCGGCGUAUCAAGCAUUCACAACUAUAACGGAAUCGGAACUUACAGCGGCUGAGGAAAGCGAAUGUAAAGUAUUAGGGUUUCAAUCGACGAGGAAUAAGGAUGAAAAAGGAGUUCCGGUUUAUGUGAUGAUGCCGUUGGAUAGUGUGAAGAUGGAUAAUAGUGUGAACAGGAGGAAGGCGAUGAAUGCGAGUUUGCAGGCGUUGAAGAGUGCGGGAGUGGAAGGGAUAAUGAUGGAUGUGUGGUGGGGAUUGGUGGAGAGGGAUAAUCCAGGGGAGUAUAAUUGGGGUGGGUACAUGGAGUUGCUGGAGAUGGCGAAGAAGUAUGGGUUGAAGGUUCAAGCCGUUAUGUCGUUUCAUCAGUGUGGUGGUAAUGUUGGUGAUUCUGUUACAAUCCCGUUGCCGAAAUGGGCAGUGGAAGAAAUGCACAACGAUCCGGAUCUUGCAUACACCGAUCAAUGGGGGAGGAGGAACUUCGAGUAUGUGUCUCUUGGUUGCGAUAGCCUCCCUGUCUUGAAAGGGCGAACACCUGUGCAGUGUUAUGCUGAUUUCAUGCGUGCUUUUCGUGAUCAGUUCCAACAUCUUCUCGGCCACACUAUUGUGGAAAUACAAGUUGGAAUGGGUCCUGCUGGUGAGUUACGCUACCCUUCGUAUCCGGAACAAGAUGAAACAUGGAAGUUUCCGGGAAUAGGAGCCUUCCAAUGUUUUGAUAAGUAUAUGCACAGCAGCUUAAGAGCGGCAGCUGAAGUUGCUGGUAAACCCGAAUGGGGUCACUCAGGUCCAACUGAUGCUGGCCACUAUAACAACUGGCCGGAAGACACCCAAUUCUUUUGUCAGGAAGGUGGAGGUUGGAGCACACCAUACGGUGAAUUCUUCCUCACUUGGUACUCUCAAAUGCUCUUAGAUCAUGGCGAGAGGAUCCUUUCGUCAUCCAAUGAAAUUUUUAAGGACACGGGUGUCAAGAUUUCGGUAAAAAUUGCUGGCAUUCAUUGGCAUUAUGGGACUCGGUCCCAUGCUCCCGAACUAACCGCUGGGUACUACAACACAAGCUUCCGCGAUGGGUACCUUCCAAUUGCCCAGAUGCUGGCUCGUCAUGCUGCCAUCUUCAACUUCACUUGCAUUGAGAUGCGUGAUCGUGAGCAGCCGGAGAAUGCUUUGUGUGCACCCGAGAAGCUCGUGAGGCAAGUGGUUUUGGCCACUCAAGAAGCGGAGGUUCCCUUGGCUGGGGAAAAUGCAUUGCAGAAGUAUGAUGAGCACGCUUAUGAGCAGAUUAUGAAGGCAUCUGCGUUGCAAGUGGGCGAAAACUCAGGCGAGAGAGAAAUGUGUGCAUUCACUUACUUAAGGAUGAACCCGAAGUUGUUCCAGGCCGAUAACUGGAGGAUGUUUGUGGCGUUUGUAAAGAAAAUGAAGGAAGGUAAGGAUGCCCACCGGUGUAGGGAGCAAGUCGAAAGAGAAGCUGAGCAUUUCGUUCAUGUUACUCAACCACUCGUACAAGAGGCUGCAGUUGCCUUAAUGCACUAGUCGAAAAUUUUGAAGGAUGCAAAUGUCGAGCAAUACGAUGUAUCAGCCGAGCAUUUUGUGCAUGUUACUUGAUUUAGGUUGGCUUUGUAUUAAACAAGAACCAAACUAUAAACACACGUUUGUAUUUUGAAGUUUCGAACUUAAUAAAUAAGGCUGAUCAGUUUCAAUUGUAAUGGAAUUGUUUGGUGAUUUUGUGGUUUGAA